AUGGUGAGCCUCUACGUGAAAUCUCUAAAUGGAGGAUCGAACUGGAAAUUAAAAGCAGCUGACAAAGAGAAUUGGUGGAUUGGAUACGUGACGGGAUCAUCCGGUCGGUAUGGAUGUAUGACCCUAGUAACUGAUAACUCAAACAAUAAGAAGAAGAAGGUAAGUGUACAAUUCUUUAGAAAAUAAACGCAAAGUAACCGCGCAGUCGUUAUACUGCGGACAUAUUACAAUAUUUAUAAUUAUUAAUGUUCCAAAUUUGAAAGCAAAUAGCUUUUUUGUUUUGAAAACAUGAUACAAAGAUAAUUCUUAUGUAAAAAUGUAUUUAAAUUUCAAUUAUUUCAUAACAAAACAACAUUAGUACCUAGGUAUAUAUUGGUUGUUUACUAUAUUAUAAAUUAUCGCAGUUUGUACAGGACGGCCUCACCGGACGCGAAGGGGAGCGAUAUAAACUCCUACAAAGUUUUGUAAUUUCCUACAUAUAGCUAGACAUAGUGUAAUCUAUAGAUCUUAUUAUCUUUAGAUAAUGUGCUCUGCUAUGUGGAUAUCGUCGCCUCCUACCGCAGGCUUUUAUCAAAUUAAUGAAUGUUUGGAAAAAAAUUAA